GAGCAUAACAGACAUGGCGGGAUCAAGUGCCUCAGAGGUGCUUUUUAUCUCUGUCAAUCACAGCAUGACUUUAAUGGGAAAGGUGUGGCUCGUCGUGAUGAUCUUCCUCCGUGUCCUGAUCCUCCUCUUCGCCGGUUAUCCUCUCUACCAGGAUGAGCAGGAGAGAUUUGUGUGCAACACCAUCCAGCCUGGCUGCGCCAACGUGUGCUACGAUCUGUUUUCUCCUGUUUCACUCUUCCGCUUCUGGCUGGUGCAGCUUGUCACCGUGUGCAUCCCUUACAUCCUCUUUGUCAUCUACGUGGUCCAUAAGGUGUCCAACGCCCUCACGGUGGAGCUGAACUCCCAGAAACAAACCAAAGCCUUUCAGCUGUUCAGAAUCCGACAGGAGCCGUCCAACAAGUUGCCUCUCGCGGUAGAGCAGCGAGGGUGGGCCCGGUCCUUCAGUGGAGCCUACAUCCUCCAUCUGAUGUUCAGGACUCUGCUGGAAGCAGGCUUUGGAGCAGCUCACUACUAUCUGUUUGGUUUCUACAUCCCCAGGAGGUUUCUUUGCCAGCAUGCUCCGUGCACUACUCAGGUGGACUGCUACAUCUCCAGGCCCACUGAGAAGACUGUGAUGCUCAACUUUAUGCUCGGCGUGGCCGCUCUGUCCUUUUUCCUGAAUGUGCUGGAUUUUAUCUGCACCGUCAAGCGCUUGGUGAGACAGAAGAGCAAGAGGAAGAUGAUGGUUGAGAAAAUACUAGAAGAGGAGCAAUGCUUCCUUUCAGCGGGAGGAGCGUCCAGGGGCAACGACCAAGAGCAGGAAGCACAAGACGGGCAAAAGGGGGGUUUCCUGAAGAGGAGAGGCAGCAAAGGGUCUUGUGGAGUAGGGAAACGUGAUUUAGCUCAAGAACCUCCCUCCAUGGAGCGCUACUCUCUUCCUCGUUCUCUCGGCCCGAUGGGCUGCACCACCAACGGUAACAAUGCCGACUCGGUCUCCCAGGAGGAGGCUCCAGAAAGGGCCGGCAGCGAGGUGGCUCUCUGUCCCUUGGAGCCCAUGGGGACGCCCAGAUCUAUUCGUGUUAGCAAACGGGGCCGACUCAAACCUCCACCCCCACCCAGACGUGACCUUGGUUUUCCCUCUGUGGGGCCAUGUGCCCCAGUGGGAGAUAUUUCCACAGCAACAGCAAUCUGUACCAGAAAGGUGGGCCAGUAUACACUUGUUGAGGUUGGCUGCAGCGCAGAGCUGCAGACGGGCGACGAUGGGCAGGAGAAAAGAUCCGAGUGGGUCUGA